AGGCGUCGCAGCCCGCGAUUAGAUGCCUUUGUAGUCGGGCUCGGCUUGACAGUGUGGCCGGAGGUUGAACCCAGGGUGGAGGAGGGCUGAGCGCAUCCCCUUUUAGUCUGAGUGCCCGGGAGGAGGGUGGCGGGAGGACCCCCGGGUGGGGGCGCCGGGCCGCCAGCGCGUGCGUUCCGGGCCUCUUGGGAUACCCAAGCGGCGGACCCCCGGCCCCUUCCCCCGCGGCGGUUGCCUCCAGCGCGGGCUGGAGGAAGGAGACUCCAUGGAACCUGGGGGCAGAGGAUCACGUUUUGAGGACUCAGACCUUCUCCAUGCUGGAAACCCAAAAGAAAAUGACGUGACUGCUGUGCUGCUGACCCCUGGGUCCCAGGUAAUAUGCAUUUCUGUUGCCUGGAGGCAAAGAGUGAGUCUGUGGACUACAAAUUCACCAGAGAAUGAACUGAUGAUCAGGGAUAUGGCCGAUGCUCUCACCCAGUGGAGGCAGCUGAACUCUCCUCAGGGAGAUGUGCCUGAGAAACCCAGGAAUCUGGUCUUGCUGGGGCUUCCAAUUUCCACACCUGAUGUAAUCUCUCAGUUGGAGCAUGAGGAGGAACUGAAGAGAGAAGUUUCGAAAGCAGCCAGUCCAGACUGGGAAACAAUACCAGAAGGCAAGGAGCUAACUCCAGAGAAGGAUAUUUCUGAAGAAGAAUCGGCCCCUGGGGUGUUAAUUGUAAGAUUUUCAGAGGAAGGUUCUAGUGAAUGUGAGGAUUCUUUAGAGAGUCAGCAGGAAAACCAUGAGAAACACUUAAUACAAGAGGAUGUCACUCAGAAAUCUUCUAGGGAGAGAAGUUACCAAUUUGAUGAAUUUAGAAGAAAUUGCACUCGGAGGUCCUUACUUGUUCAGCAGCAGGGAGAGAGACUACAUCAUUGUGAGUCAUUUAAAAAUAACUUAAAACAAAAUUCAGAAAUAAUUAGGCACGAGAGAAUUUGUGCAGGAAAGAAACCUUGGAAAUGCAGUGAGUGUGAGAAAGCCUUCAGUUACUACUCAGCUUUUGUCUUACAUCAGAGAAUUCACACCGGAGAAAAACCCUAUGAAUGUAAGGAAUGUGGGAAAGCCUUUAGCCAGAGCAUACACCUUACUCUGCACCAGAGAAUUCAUACUGGAGAGAAACCCUACGAAUGCCAUGAGUGUGGGAAAGCCUUCAGUCACCGCUCAGCCCUUAUUCGGCAUCACAUCAUUCAUACUGGAGAAAAACCCUAUGAAUGCAAUGAAUGCGGGAAGGCCUUUAAUCAGAGUUCAUACCUCACUCAACAUCAGCGAAUUCAUACUGGAGAGAAACCUUAUGAGUGUAAUGAAUGUGGGAAGGCCUUCAGCCAAAGCACAUUCCUUACCCAGCAUCAGGUCAUUCACACUGGAGAGAAACCCUAUAAGUGUAACGAAUGUGGCAAAGCCUUUAGUGAUCGGUCAGGUCUUAUUCAGCACCAGAGAACUCAUACUGGGGAGCGGCCUUAUGAGUGUAACGAAUGUGGGAAAGCCUUUGGCUACUGCUCAGCCCUGACUCAGCACCAGAGAACUCACACUGGGGAGAAACCCUAUAAAUGCAAUGAUUGUGCCAAAGCCUUCAGUGAUCGCUCAGCCCUUAUUCGUCAUCAGAGAACACACACUGGAGAGAAACCUUACAAAUGUAAAGAUUGUGGAAAAGCAUUCAGCCAGAGCUCGUCUCUUACAAAGCAUCAGAAAACUCACACUGGAGAAAAGCCCUACAAGUGUAAGGAAUGUGGGAAGGCCUUCAGCCAGAGCUCAUCCCUCUGUCAACAUCAGAAAACUCAUGCUGUAGUGAAAACCAAGAAAUAUGUCCAAGCUUUUAGUGAGCAUUUAACCUUUGGCCAACACAAGAGAAUUCAUACUGGAUAAAGACCAUGUACAUGUGGUACAUUCAGAGCAUACUUAUUGAGCAUUUACCGUGCUUGCCAUGGGGAUCUACAAAGAAAUUUAAGAUGGUGUUGCAAAAAAGUGAUUGAGAAGUCACUGCUGAUAUGGGUUGUAGCAUGAUUAGACUGAAAGUAUAGUUUUACCUUUUUAAAAGUGUUCUGGCAGAGGACACUGAAUUUCCCUCAGGAAAGAGGGAAAUUGUUUGUAACACCCUAACGUGUAUGUAAAUUCCCAUAUCCUUGGGAGAGAAAUGGGGUAUGCUGUGGUGGAAAGGGGACAUCUUGACUGUGCUAGAUAUUUUCAUAAUACUAAGAAUAUAAGUUUUAAAGAGAUAAGUUAUACUUUUAGGGAAGUUGCGUGGGUAGAAAUAAGAGAUUGAGAAUUCACAAUGAGUUUGUCCAGAGUCAGGAGUGGUGGUGGAAGGGAAGUUGUCCUUCGUUCUUAAGUUUAAAGAGCCAAAGGAAGUAGAGGGAAAGGAUGGAAAAAAAGAGCUCGGGGAAUGAACCCAAAAAAUGUUGAUUAUGUUAACUACUCAACUGAAUGUUCACAACCGUGAAAAAUAUUAGACUUAAUAGUUGUCCUGUUGAAAAGUUUCUGUGAGGGCAGCUAAGGACUGUUGGCUGCAGGGUAAUGCAGGGUGUUUGCGUCUGCACUUUCUGUCUUUUAGACCUUGCUUACUGAGACAUCGCCUACUAAAUCAUGUUAAUUUCCAAGGGUCGAGAACCACAGCUUAGAAAAUUGAGUACAGAAGAGAACUUUGAUGCGUUCAAACUGUUUUAAGGUAUCUGAGUUACCUGAGAAUGUGCUUAUUUACAAAGAUUUACCUCAGUUGUAUCUAGUUUGUACCUUAGAUUUUGUAUAGCUUAUAGUAAAGUUUAGUUGUAGAUUUGCACUGACACUGCAUGUUAGAUUAUGAAAAGCUGGAAAAGACUUUGAAAUACUUUUUACCAUUUUACUCUUGGGUAGAGGCAGGUGGCAUUUUUUAUAUAUAUUUUUUUCAUUGAAACUUUGAAGAUUAUUGGACACAUUAUUUUGAGUGCAGAGUUUUUAAUUUUAGGAAGUUGUACUGUGAUGUAUUUUGGUGUGAAUUUCUUUUAGUUUACCCUAUUGGGUUUGCUUAGCUUCUUCAAUGUGUAGGUUUAUGUCUUUUGCCAAAUUUGGUAGAUGUUCAGCCCUCAUCUCUUUAAAUACAUUUUAGCCCCCAUCUUCUACGUCUUUUCUCCUCGGACUCUAAUGAAAGAAAUGUGAGCUCUUUGGUUGUAGUCUCACAAGUUCCUGAGGCUCUGUUCAUUUUUUCUUGAUGAUUUUUGUCUGAAUCUACUCAAUCUGCCAUAACAAGAUAGCAUAGACUGACCAGGUGACUCAAAAAAAUACGUAAUUCUAACGGUUCUGAAGGCUGGGAAGUCCAAGAUCAAGGUGCCUGCUGACUCUGCUUCUAAGCAGGGCUUUCUUCCUGGCUUACAGAUGGCUGCCUUCUCACUGUGUCUUCUCAUGUCCGUAGUGCAAGCAGAUGGGCCAGUUGGGAGAGGGAGAAAGAAAUAGCUCCCUCUUCUUAUCAGUCCACCAGUUCUAACAGAUUAGGACUCUGCCCUUAUUACCUCAUUUAACCCUAAUUACCCCCCUGAAAACCCUGUCUCCAAAUAAAUUCACAUUGGGGAUUAGGACUUCAACGUAAUUUUGGGGAAGAGGGGAUACAUUUAGUCCAUAACGUUCCACCCCAGCCCCCACCGAAUUUAUGUCCUUGUGUGCGAAAUACAUUUAUUCCACUCCAACAGCCCCAAAAGCCCUAACUCAUUCUAGCAUUAGCUCUAAAGUCCAGACCUUCAAGUAAAUUAUCACCUAAAUCAGAUACGGGUAAGACUCAAGGUACAGUUCAUCCUGAGGCACAAUUACUCUCCAGCUGUGAACCUGUGAAACCAAACAAGUUGUGUGCUUCCAAAAUACAUUUGUGGUCUGGACAUAAUGUAGGCAUUCCCAUUCCACAGAGGGAGAAAUAGGAAAGUAGGAGGAGGGAUAUGUCCUGAGCAAGUCCAAAACUUAGCAAGGCAAAUUCCAUUAGGUCUUGUGUUUUGUCAGAUCUUAUGAGAAUAAUCCUCUUUUGCUCAGUGCCUCCCGGACCCACUGGGGUAGAGGUCCUAUCUCUGGUACUGCCAGGUAGCCCCUCGCCCAAGCCUUUGCUGGGCAAUUCUGCCCGUAAGGCUUCAGUUGGAGGCUUUCUGUUCUGUUGAAACCAGGGUGAUGGUUCCACCCUUUGAACAGGAGGCAUCCCCAGUGGUCUCUGAAUUCUUUUCAGGGUCAUUCUCUUUUCUUGAAGGAUAACACAUCUUCAUAGACAAAUGGCUCUCUAGUCUGGUUCUAUAGGAUCUAAAAAGUCCUAAAGCCUGCCUUCAUUUUACUUUGUUGUUUUUCUGUCCCCUUUAGUGCCAGGUGGCUGUGUUUCUGCUGUUAUAAUCCCAUCUAUAUUCCUGGCUUCUCCUGGGGCUGCUAAUUUUGAUCUAUUUAUCAAAUGGUUGAAAUAGUUUUUAAGCCACACGCUUAGUGUUUUCUUCAUAGCAAAGUUUCUCAUAUUUUUGUGAUACGAAUGGAAUUUUCACACUUCUUUAAUUGUGCUUCCUUGUUUCUUAACAGUUCCUUCUUCACUUAAUCCCUCUCCUCUCACAUUUUACUACAAGCACUAAGGGGACCCAAGCUGCACCUUCAGUACUUUGCUUAGAAAUCUGCUAAAUAAACAGUUUCAUCACUCUCAAGUUCUGCCUUUCAGAAAACACUACAACAGUUCAGAUAAGUUUUUUGCCACUUUAUAACAAGAGCCACCUUUUUUUUUUUUUUUCCGGUUGUAAUAAUAUGUACCUCAUUGCUAUCUGAGGCCUUGCCAGAGUGGCCUUUAAUAUCCGCAUCUCUAGCAUGUACCUCAAAACUCUUGGCCUCUACCCAUCACCCUGUCCAAAGCUGCCUCCACAUUUUGAGGCAUAUGUUACAGCAGCAUUCGCCUUCUGGGUACCAGAAUCUCAAUCUGCUUGGUCGGCCAUAACAAACAUCCAUAGACUGGGCGGCUCAAACCACAGAAAUUUAUUUCUCAAAGUCCUGGAGGUUGUUAAGUCUAAAAUCAGGAUCCAACAGCGUUCAGUUCCUGGCUUGUAGAUGGUUGCACUCUCACUGUGUUCUCACAUGACCUGUUCUCAGUGCACAGGUGUGGAGAGAAAUUGGAUUGGGACCCCACCUUUCAGGUCUCUUUUAACCUUAAUUACUUCCUCAGAACCUAUCUCCAAAUAUAGUCACAUUGAGGGUUAGGGUGUCAACAUAAUGAAUUGGGGUGGGGGGACAUAGUUCAUCACAGUUUUCUCUCUCCAGAUUAUUUUCUGUUGUUCUGUCUUCCAGUUCACUAGAUCUUCCCUCUGUUGUUUUGAUUCUGCUGUUGAGACCAUCCUUGAAUUUUAUUUCAGUUAUUGUACUUUUUAGUUGCAUUUGAUUCUUUGCUCUGUUUCCUUGCUGAGAGCCUUUCUUUGCUUAUUUUGUUUGUAUUAAGCAUGUUUGUAAUUACUCAUUGAGGCGUUUUUGUGAUGGCUGCUCUCAAAUCCUUGCAGGUUAUCCUAACAUCUGUGUCAUCUCAGUAUUGACAUCUUUGGGUUAUCUUCUCAUUUAAGUUGAGAUUUUCUCGGUUCUUGGUGUGAUGAGUGAUUUUCAGUUGAAGUCUGGACAUUUGGAGUAUUUUGGUGUGAGACUUGGUAUCCUAUUGAAGUCUUCUGCAUUGGCAGGCCUCCUCUGAUACCACUGUGGUGGAGAAAGUGUUGCGGGGGGUGGUGCCUCAAUUCUUUAAGUUGGUUGGAAGUCCAGGUUCACCAUUGGCCUCUAAUGACUCCUGGGGCAGGGGUCCUCACUACUGCUGGGCAAGGGUGGGAUUUACAGCUCCCCACUAGGCCUCCGCUGACACUGCACUGGCCAGGGAAGAUCAGGAAUGCCUUGUUACUGCUAUUUACGUGGCCUCGAUUGACAGCAUGGUGUGGGGUUGAGGGUGACAUCAUUACUAUUGGGAAUUGGUGUAAGUCUUGACCCCCCACUUGGCUUCCACUGAGACCACAGCAGUAAGAAAGAAGAGAGAUGGCUCUGAGUAGGGGGGACACUGCCAGGGUGAUGUGUGGGGAGGGGUGGGUUUUAGAAAUCUAUCUGCCCACUUGGUUUUCUCUGAUACCACCCCAGGCUAAAGGUGGAGGACUGAGAGCCUUGUUACAGCCUGGUGACGGUGGAAGUAUAGGCCUUUGUUGGUGGAGAUAGGACCAUAGCUUGCUUCUGUGGUCUUUUAAGUAGGAUUGUGGUUUUCUAAACAUUUUCUGUCUUGCUAGGCUACUGCCUUUCCAGUCCUUUGGCUAGAAAAAGCAGAUUUUUCUUGGGGCUUUUUUUUUUUUGGUCUGUGCCUGUGCCUGUUGGCAUUUCUGGGUUGUCAGCUUCUCUAGAACCCAAUCUGGGAUAGAUGAGGCAAUAAGAAAACCCAGGAAAGUCACUGCUGUGUUCUUCCUCAGGUUCUGAGGUCCCUAGCCAGUCCAUUCUCUCUCCACCUUUUAGAACUUUCUUAUAUUUGCUUUGUAUGUAAUAUCCCAGAUUUUUAGUCAUACUAAGUGAGAGCAGUAGGAGAAAGUAGUGCUCCACCUUUCCCGUGACAUCCUUGUGCUUGACACUGAAAUCACACAUCAAGUUGUGGUAUAUAUAGGGUUUGUGGUAUAUACAGGUCAUUUGUAACCAGUUAGGAAUAGGUACUAAAAGAAAUGCUCACUGGAUUCCUGAGGAUAAGCUGCCAAUUUGAUAGGUAGAAACUAUCAGCCUGCUUCAUGUAGCUUUGAAGGAACAAUAGUUUAUAAAUUGAGGAAACACCAGUAUUUAAUUGUACGUUAUAAACUUGAGAAGGAUAGAUAUGACUAAGAAUAUAAACUGUAGGGUUAAAUUUUUUGUAUUUGUAUUUUUGUUUGAAAAGCAUAUGAGAAGCACUGGAGAACUGGACUCAGAAUUUCGAUUUUUUUCCAAUUGUAUAUUAUCUACAUGUGGCUAUCUGUUCACUUUCAUUUGCCAUAUGAUAUGAGAUCAUAGAGAAUCAACAAAAUAAAGAAUGAAAAUAACUGAGAUUUGGGACAAGUCACCUUCAUCCUUUGAAAUCUAUUUCCUCAUAGAUAGAUGUGUUAAAAUUUAAUGCCUACUUGAGAAUGAUUAGAGUUAGGUAGGAAAUGGAUGCAAAUGUGGUUUGUAAGCUAUCAGGUGCUACGUAACUAUUAGGUAUUAAUGAUACAGUCAUUAGAAGACAUAUCCAUCAUGUAUGCUUCACAGUGGUGGCCCAAUAAAAACAACUGUGAAUAUAGUGGAAUGACACUUUUUAUCUUUUUAAAUAAGUUUUCUGGGAUCCUGUUAAAAUCUGCAUCUUUUGAGAUGACCAUGUGGUUCCUUUUAAUCUAUUAAUGUGGUAAAGUACAUUGAUUUUCUGAUGUUAAAGAAUCCUUGGAUUCCUGGAAUGCAAUUUCGUGAUUUUUUUUCUCUCUCUCUGGGGGAGUUUGUGUCCCUUGAAUUUUAGUUGCAUUCAUCUGUUAAACUGGGGUUAUUGUGUUUGUGGUGUGUGGUUUGGUUGGUUUUAGGGGCUAUUUAGAUUUACUAUUUCUUCUAGAAAGUUGUAGGUUUUUCUAAGAAUGUAUCCUUUUUGGUCAUCAAGUUGUUUAAAAUGGUUUUAUUUUCACGUACUUGUUCUAUCUGAAGUUAUGUCCCUUUUUUCUUUCCUAAUAUUGCUUAUUUGUAUCCUCUAUUGGUAAUGUUUCUAGAGAUGUGUCAAUUUUACUAGUCUUUUAAAAUAACUGACUUUUCUAACUUUUGCAAAAAUCAACUUUUAUCAAAGUGCACAAUAAAAUUCACCCACUUAAA